AUGAAGCAACCAGACCGAAUUGCACCCGAGGAAACCGUCGGCGGACCUACUGCCCCAACGGCGUAUAGGAAGCCGAACGGAGACUCGCCUCGCACUGCUGGCGAUCCGAUCUGUCUGCCACCUGGAAUCAGUUCAGCCAGAUUCAAGACCUUCCUCUUGCGUCUCGCUGGCAUCUGUGGAGAGGACAAUGUCACUGCCAUCACCAAAGAAGAAGAGCUUCAUCACGAGUCAUAUCUCGAGCCAUCGAAAUGCCACGACAUGUUUUCAAUCAUGAACAAAGAGGCUUUCAUUGCCUCGGCUGUUGUGUCACCGCGCCAUACAGGUGAGGUACAGGCCAUUAUGCGUCUCUGCAACGAGUUUGAGAUUCCCGUGUGGCCCUUUUCCAUUGGUCGCAAUGUGGGUUACGGGGGGGCCGCCCCACGAGUACCUGGCAGUCUAGGCAUGGAUCUUGGCUGCAACAUGAACAAGAUCAUUAAGGUCGAUGUGGACGGAGCCUAUGCACUGGUGGAGCCUGGUGUCACGUACUUUGACCUUCACAACUACCUCGUUGAACACAACCUCCGAGACAAGCUCUGGGUUGACGUGCCCGACCUAGGCGGCGGCUCGGUGUUGGGAAACACUGUUGAACGUGGUGUCGGCUACACUCCGUAUGGCGACCACUACAUGAUGCAUUGCGGUAUGGAAGUAGUUCUGCCGAACGGCGAGCUGGUUCGCACCGGUAUGGGCGCACUUCCGAACCCCAAGGCGGACCCCAAUGCUCCAGCUUACGAGCAGGAACCGAAUGAGAGCUGGCAGCUAUUCAACUACGGCUUUGGGCCGUAUAACGACGGUACCUUUACGCAAUCAUCGCUAGGCGUGGUAACAAAGAUGGGCGUCUGGCUCAUGACAAACCCUGGCGGCUAUCAGUCCUACAUGAUCACCUUCCCACGGGACGAGGAUUUGCAUCAGAUCGUUGAGAUCAUUCGCCCACUCCGCGUCGGUAUGGUCCUGCAAAACGUGCCAACGUUGCGCCACAUCCUGCUCGAUGCGGCCGUCCACGGCGACAGAAAGUCAUACACAGACUCAGACAAGCCACUAACCGACGACGAGAUCGACGCCAUCGCCAAAAAGCUCAACCUGGGCCGCUGGAACUUCUACGGCGCGUUGUACGGCCCUGCACCUGUUCGCGAGGUCAUGUGGCAGGUCGUCAAGGGUGCAUUCUCGCAGGUACCUGGCGCCAAGUUCUACUUCCCUGAAGAUCAACCAGACAACAUCGUCCUGCAAACGCGCCACAACACACUCCAAGGCAUUCCGUCAGUGACAGAGUUGAAAUGGGUCGACUGGCUGCCUAACGGGGCACACCUGUUCUUCUCUCCCAUUGCCAAAGUUUCGGGCGACGAAGCUGUCGCGCAAUACGCACUGACACGGAAGCGGUGUGAACAGGCCGGGCUGGACUUCAUUGGCACGUUCGUAGUCGGUAUGCGCGAAAUGCAUCAUAUUGUGUGUCUGGUCUUCAACCGUAAGGAUCCCAAGAGCUGCGAGAAGGCGCAUUGGGUCAUCUCGACGCUGGUACAAGAUGCUGCCGAGCGCGGCUGGGGAGAGUAUCGCACGCAUAUUGCGCUGAUGGACCAGAUUGCGCAGACGUACAACUUCAACGACAACGCACAGAUGAAGCUGAAUGAGAGAAUUAAGAAUGCUCUUGACCCCAAGGGUAUUCUUGCUCCAGGCAAAAAUGGAAUCUGGCCACAAACGUACGACGCCAAAUCGUGGGCGAUUAAGCGGCCAUCGUUAGCUUCACUGAGAUAG